UCAUUUCUGUUUCAGCUUUGAAAAUUUCAGUUUUAAAAAUGGUGAUAGGCAGUUUUCCGUUGGGAAAAGUUGCUGUGUUCGCGGUUAAGCGGAUCAGCACACCGUUUAGUAAGCUGCUAUUGCAUGUUGGAAAGCACUCUCCACUCUUCCGACGUGUUGUCAUACAUCCUCCAGGUCAACUAUACCAUAUCAUGGAGACCCGCUCUAAGAUGCGAAUGCUGCAUCUUCCCCAGCCCAGAAAAAUUCCUCCUCUUACCGAUCCUCAGGCUACCCGGUUGGGUGCCAAUAUUCUAAGCGAGGUCUUUGUGGUACUUAUUGGAUUAGGACUAAUUUUUUUUGAGCUGAUGCGACAAAUGCGCAAGGAUAAGAAACUUCAUAACGAUCAUACAGAGAAGAGACGAUCUAUAGAUGAACGUCUGGCCAAAAUAGAUUUAGAUGUGGAGCGGCAUGAAAAAGAAAUCUCUUGGCUUAAAAAACAUCUUAACGUAGAAGAGUUUUGUGAGGAAUUUUGUGAGCAAAAGGAAGAAUAGCCUACUGUAUAAAAAUUAAUUUGAAUGUUUAUAAAAGUGCGCGUUUAAUAAAACUAGA